AGCGGUCGGCGGUGAGAAUUUGGCGCAGCGAUAGAAAACGGUGCAGCAUACCACAGCAUAACCCAGCAUAACACGUCAGUUCUCUCUGAUCUCUGGCAGCGUGCAGACGUGCGGUGUGCCCGUUAUCGCGAACCGAUGAAAAGUGUUCGCGAUCGACCAGCUCGUGAUUGAUGAAUAGCGCAAUAACCCAGCAGGAGGAAAAACAAAACGCGAACGCCUACAGCGGAAGGAGUCCAGAAGCACGAAAGUGAAGCUUUUUGCGUAAGUGAAGUGCAAGUGUUGUGUGUGUGUGUGCGUGUGGGAGGGCGAAGUGGCGCGCGCGGAGUGUUGUAGGUGUUUAUUAGUAAAGUGUUGCGUUGCGUGCGUGUGUGUAGGUGCAGGGCGCGCAUGGAAGUGUAGCAAGGGGUUGGUGUGUAGAGGGUGAACGUAAGCGCGGCGUGUUUCGAAAGUAAAGCUUGCAGCACAACAUAUUAUUUUCACAACAAAAAAAUCAUACCUUAUCGAGGUAUUGUGUGCGGUGCGGGUUUGUCCGUUCUUAUGUGUGUGUGUGAGUGGUGAAAAUUUGGCCUCGACUCGGAAAGCGCCCUCGACUCCUCACACCGACAAAAAAAAAACAACCGCAAGCGGAAGGUACUGGCCACAGGAUGGCGGUGAGCAACAUCGUGUGCGAGUGGUUGCGCGCCCUCGGGCUGGGCCAGUACGCGGAAAGCUUCCUCGACAAUGGGUACGACGAUCUGGAGAUCUGCAAGCAGGUCGGCGAUCCCGAUUUGGACGCGAUCGGCGUACAGAAUCCGGCCCACCGGAGCAAGCUGCUCAAGAGCGUGCGGCUGCUGCGCGAGAAGGGUGCGGCCAGCGUCUACUUUCAGCUGAACGACCCGAAAUCGCUGCUCUCCGACAACAGUGACAGUCUGGAGCGGGACAGCUCGCCGCUGAUGCUGAGCGAGCUGGAGGCGCUGCUGCAGGAGCAGCUCAAGGCGGACGGCGUUUGUCUGACGGCACAUCCGUACUCGACACCGGACGGUGCACGGGGCCACCUGGAGGGUCUGGCAUCGGUGUACUGCGAAAUGCUGCUGGCCCCGUUUGGCGAGGUCCUGUCGGCGCUGGAGGAGGCACGACAGCGCGCCUGGUCGGAGCGAAGUCCCCACAGUUCGUCCGGAGGUGGUGGCUUGAUACGGGGACAUCGAGGCAAUUCGUGCCACGGAGGGCUUCCGAACAGCCACAGCCAGCCAAUUUACGUGCCCGGCAAGUAUUCGCCCUCGAGCUGUUUGUCCGAUAAGGAGGAGGACGAAAUUUAUGGGUUCGGGUACGGUGUGUUCGCUCCCAGGGUGGCUAGAACAACCCUCCAGUCACAGCAAGCCCAGCCAGGGCAGCAGCAGCAGCAGCAGCAGCAACAGCAACAGCAGCAGCAGCAGCAACAACAACAGCAGCCACAACAAUCACAAACCUCCGCCAACGUACCUGCCAACAGUGCUGCUGUACAGCAAAGCUGCCUCAGCCCACGCUCAGCGUACUUCUACGAAUUUCCACCGACGGAUGGUCGAGAAACAAGCAAAAAGCGGACAACGUUGGCGAGGCUCUUGAGAGGACUAAAGACUGUAAAUAGGCGUGAUAGAUCGAAUCAAAACACCACCGGCGGCACUGCAACGCAGUCAAGGUCACAGAACGAAAGACUGAGACACUUCCAAAUGAAUGGCGGUGGACCGCAGCCAAGUUUCGAGGAAACCAUACAGAGGCUAAAAAUACAGGAAGCGCUACGGAAGAAGGAAAAGUUUCAACGCGAACACGAAGAGAUACUCCGAGACAUUCGGCAAGGACUGCUGCAGCUAAGCAGGGACUCGAGAGACGACACGUACAUGUACGAUGAUGCGGUAACGAAUGUGAUGCGAAUGCCCCAUCACCAGGGUCACUGGUACGAUGAACCACCGUACGAGAGCGAUCCGGACGACUUCCUAAUGUCCGGCAUGCGACAGAUCGGUGCUGCCGGCUAUGCAGGCGACGGUGGAGGAGGCGGCGAUGGUGGCGGAGGUCCCAGUGCUACCAUACAGGGUGGCCGCGUCUGCUACACCACGAACGGGAGGGAAGGCCCACAGAGUGUGAUAUCGUUGCGGUCCGCGGGUGAUAUUUCCAUACCGCAGCGGGGUCCCCGGCGGGGCCUGAUCGUACCCCAGCAGCCACCGAACCCUCCAACCAUCAUACCCCUCAAACAUGCCCGAUCGCACGAUCGGGAAAGUGGAGAUUAUGCCGGUUCAAUAUCGGAUCUACACAGUGUUACCUCCCGGCUGAGUCAGGUUUCGAUCGGAAUGAAUAACUGCACCGCCCGCUACCGAACGCUCAGUGCGGGUCUGGGCGACGAAUCUCCAUCGCCAUCGCCCACCCCAUCGUCCGAGUACGAUGACAUCCUGCAAGCGAACGCCCUGCAGCUUCAGAAGCAUCUGCACCACCAUCAACAGCUGAAGCGGUUGGACGGUGGUAUGGUCGGCCCGGGGCAACCGGGGUCAACAUCCGGUCUCAUCGGCAGUGCGGCAUCGUGCUUGGUUGGGCCGGCUGGAUCGUCCGCAGCAGUGGCAGCAGCAGCAGCAACCGUUGGCAACAGCUCGGUGGGCAACACGUCCGGCACAGUCGGCGGUAGCAUAGCGCUCGCUUCCGGUGGUGCAUCCGGUGCCAAUCUGCCGUCGGUGCUCGGCGGUACCGGGGGUGCCGGAACGGAUAUCAGCAGUGCAAGCACGAGCAACAGUACCGCCACCACCGGCGGCAGCAGCGGCAACAGUAGCAGCAGUGCCAGCAGCAACAACAGCACCAGUACAAAGAACACCGUCAACAAUCUGAAAAGCCUGAAGGCGGCCAAAAACCGGAACAAUCUAACGUCCUCACUGGCGGCGGCUUCGGCCGCGUCGUCGGCGGCGGCGGUCUCGCACAACAAUAAAAAUUUAAGCAUAAGUCAACAGAUAGCUUUAGUACAUCACUCCAAUGACGCUCGAACAUCGCCAAAAGAUCAUCUGCUGUACGGGGGAAAGGACCGUAGCAAUCGUGACUACAGCAACUGCUUGGAUAGCAUCAGUGACCAAACCUUCCAGCAUUCGGCCAGCUCGGUCGAGAGUUUGCCAAGUGCAUCCGGGUCAAGCACACAAGCGCUGGUUCGGCCUGGCAGCCCGCACAGUUCCCUCUCGGCGGAGGAUCGCACCACGAUGCUGCCGAUCUGUAGGGCGAUCGCACUCGUCGACAGUUGCCCGAGCCCGUACGACAAGGAAGCGUUACGGUUUAAGAAAGGGGACAUAAUCGACGUACUGUCGAUGAACGCGUCCGGCGUUUGGCGAGGCUACGCGAACGGUCGAUUGGGUCACUUCAAGUUCAUUAGUGUUGAGGUGCUGCCCGAUCUGCCCACGACCGGACUGAAGGGAUACGGUGGCAAGCUGGUGAGCCGGCAUCGGUUGCCUACGAGCUGCCCGACGAGCGUCGAGGAGCUGCUGCUCCGAAUCGGCCUCAAGGAGUACACAUCCGUAUUCGUACUCAAUGGGUAUGAGGAUCUGGAGCUGUUCAAGGAGCUGGAACCGUCCGAUUUAGACUACCUUGGCAUUGGCAACACGGAGCAUCGGGCGAAGAUACUCGCCGCCGUUCAGCUGCUGCACGACUUGGACUCAACGUCCGAUGGCGACGUGGCCGGUUCGAGCUCGGAAAACGAUGAAGGCUUGCGGUUGAAUCACGUCGGCGGUCUCGGUGGCAGUGGCGUUGGCAGCGGCAAUGGUAGCAACGGCGGUGGUGGAGACCACCAAACGUCUCCAUUCGGCCGACGGCAUUUUACCCGCGACUCCGGCUGCUACGAAGGCUCGCCGGUACCGUCGUCGCAAGGUUCGCACAAUUCCCAUUCCUACCAGCAGCAGCUGCAUCAUCUUCAACAGCAGCACCAGCAGCAGCUACAAUCGCACAACAACGGUCAACCGUUGCAGCCGUUGCAGCAGCAGCAGCAACCGCACGGCAACAUGGCCACGCUAAUGGGCGCGCAUCAUCAUCACCUUCACCACCAUCACCUGUCCGACAAUGAGACGAACAAUCUCGAUUCGGUGGUGGCCCAGUGCUCGAACGAGAUACUGAAGCGUGUCGAGUCGGCCAGGCGCUACAACGGUACGACCGAGCGCGGCUCGUCCAAAACGAUGAACAGCAGGACGAUGGCAAAGAAGGGCGGCUUGCUGGGCGGUGGUGGCAGCGAUGGUAGCGGUGGCAUGGUGAUGGUUGGCGGGGGCGGUGUUACCGGCGGCAGCAGCGGCGGGGCACUGAGUGAAAAGUCAAGCGACUCGGGUGUUAGCAGCAGCAGCCUCUCGUCCGGACCGGCCAAGGGUAGCGGCGGCCUCUAGCGGCCAGUCCGUGCCGCUAUGAUGACCACGUACGAAGAUGCGACCGUGCGGAUGCUUUCGUGCUGUCCUUCGCUGCUACCGCCGGACCUGUUCGAAGGGGCGGAACGAGGUCUGGCGUCCGACAUCGAGCGGUAAGUGGGUAGAGGUGUGUUGGAGUUGACAGGCAUCGGUAUCGUUCCACCGGCCAAAGUAGGCUGUAUCCUUUUCCGUUGCUGUGUGUAUAUGCAAAGCAACACGCAGCGUAACACGCACAAUCUUAGUUCUAGCAGUGUGUAUACUACCAUAAGUUUCAACCAAGAAAAUGCAUCGCCGAGCGAAGAAUCCGUGCAGUGAUUUAAUGGGAACAUAAAUUCACACAUUCUCUUCCUACCGUUGAGGCUUCCCAUCCACAUGCUCCACACUGCCCAAAGAAGUGUACAGGAAAAGGGGGAGUGAAGCGAGGGCGGUGGUCGUAACGUGAUGAUGAGCGACAGCUUCAAUCAACAAACGAGCUAGUGAAUAGGACGAAAAGGACUGUGGAACACCCACCACGUGGAGAACCCCCAGUGUGAUGUGUGAUGAACGUGUUAGAGUGGAAAAGGGACGCGCAAUAGUGCGUUCGGUGCGUGCAAAGGCAAUGGGAUGAGAGUGCGUGAGUGCGGACAGGUUGGGUGGCACUGGACCGAGUGUAGAAACCGGAUUGUGUGUGUGUGUGUGUAUAUGCGUGUGUGCCAGGCUCGAUAUAUUGUGAUUAGUGAUUGUUAUUGAUGGUUGUUGACGUGCGCGAAUGUGUAUGAAAUACGAAAUAAAAUCAACCCGGAACCGGCAUGAAACGGUCGUGUGGCGGCUAGUAGGUAUGUGACGAGUAAGCGAAUGGGGGAUGGCGGGAUGGGAAUGGAAAUUUUGUGAUAUUUUUGACAAACAGAACCAGACAAACGAACUAACGCGGUAGCAGAACCAGCAUGAACAGAACAGUCAGCACCAAUGCAAUAGCAUUAUUACAUUAAGGGAGCUGGGAUGGAGCAGAAUAAUUGCAAAACAGACAACAAGCGAACAGGCCAACAAAUGCAGAUAGAAGCUGAAAUAGAAAAUAUUGGUAGGUGGGGGUACUGGAGGGGUUGUUGAGUGCGGACGCGACUAGGGUAAAAAAGAAACCAAGAGAAACUAUUCAUUACUACUAGCACGAUUACGCACGUUGUCUAGUUAGGGUUUUGUUGAUAUUAGUUUAUGUGUUAGCUGAUCACUGAUUGCUGUUAUUCAUACGUUGAUUUAAAGCGUAAUAGUGCUUUCGCGCAACGGUUUGCGAGGGCAUUCUUUAUGUAUUACGGAUCGUGGGACGGUUUAUUGAAACAUGCAACAACAACAACAACAACAAAAAACCAAAGUCAUUUGCAACAAUCUUGUCCGGUCGGGGACAGAUCGAGGUGCAAAACAGAGAACGAAUCAAAUUGUGUAAUUAAAACGAUGCGCUUCGAAAACGCGUGUAGUAUGUAUCGAUACGAUUAAACAACAGAGUGGAUGAAAAUUGUACAUUUUAAAACUCUUUGACAUACGGAAAUCAAAGCAAUAGUGUAGCAACAGAGGGAUGUGUGUGAGUGAUUGUGCGUGUGGUUAGAACAAUGAAGUAGGACGAAGCAAUUAGUUCGUCUUGCGAUGAGGUAAUACGCUUCACCUUACCGCAUACCGAUUCGGCCACCGACUCUACCCGACCGGUCCCGAACGGUUCGACCAGCCAGUGGAAGUGGUUAAACAAUCAAAACUUUAGCCAACGAUUACACAACCUUAUCACCGCCUUUCCAUCUUUCUCGACCAGAGUGUACAUAGAUACGUGUAAGCUUUCCUACCGGAUGGGGGGAUUGCAACUGUUUUCAUGGUUAUAUAGUAUAGCAUAAUUUAGCACCUCUGCCCACGUGGCGAACGAUAAGAUCGGUUUGCCGGGAGGGGAAAAGGGUUAAUUGUAAAGCAAAGAGUUCAUCGAGUUAGGACUAAUCGUCGGAGCCUAUGGUCUAGGGUUGCGAAUAAGCAUUCCACACAAGUCACUAUUUUUAAGACAGCUAGCUCGAUCCAAGGCAAUCCGCAAUAUCGUCGCUUUUUCUAUUUCGUCCGAUCCACCUUCCCGAAAAGACCAGAUUGCUCAACCCGCACAGUGGCGGGAGAGGUAGCUUAUGUAAAGACUAAACAAAAAAACGCCCCUUCAAAAGCAACACAUUUUAAUCAUCGUUAUCGGAUAUCCAUAUAAUGAACUGUUUGCUCUUCAAAUGUCGCAUAAAGGAUUACACAAACGGCGCGUACACAGUCCGGCUAAGCACGAGUACGUACGCGAUUGUGUACCGUAGCAAAAUUUGCGAUUGUGCACAAGCAAGUGAUAAUCGAAAGAAUGUAGUAAGAAAGAAUAUCGAUGGGAUAGUAAAAAAAUCUUGGGGGAAAAGAUGAGGAACACGUUGACAAACGAAUAUGAACAUCAUAUCGGAAAUGAAAAAUCUAGCCAAAACCAAACCAAAUCACUUAUUGCAUAGACUAAAUGGAAAUGUUUUAGACAAUGGAAGAAGUAAUGCAAAAUUAUAAAAUUAAAUCGAAAUGAACGAAAACAAUCGCUAACACGAGUAUGCAAAAUUUAAACAUAACGGAAAAAACACACACACACAUUAGACAAUUUGAAUACGUGACCGCUCUCAAAGACACUGGUCAGGGUUUCAUUAAGCAUGUAAUUUAAUAUUUAAAAAUUUUAAAAGUCCAAACUAUGAUACUUCCGAUUGGCGCGUACAACGAAAACGAACGAACAAACAGAGACACAGAGCUAAAUGGGGAGAAAGAAAGCAAAAACGGUUACGAUGUGUGGCUGCCAUUGAGGUUGUGCGGAGUGAGCUUGGAAUAAAUGAAAUAGUAAGCAAUUCUUUUCAUUUCAAUUGACACAAACACACAAUAAGCUUGCUCUCUCCUAUGCACUGUCUGCGUGUGUUGUUGGCUGACUGAAGCAGGACGACGAACGAGGUGAGAUGAGAGUUUGAGAAUUCAAUCAGUACAUGAGGAAGCGAAAGCUAGGACAAGAGCAUCUUAUACAGAUAUUUAUGGAUAGAACCGAGGAAUCAAAUUAUAUUAGCAAAAUAAAUUAACUGCUCUAUGAUGGGGAGGCAAAUAUUGUGGAUAGUGCCAGCAGGGCAAUGGAAUGAAAAGCUCUAGCUAGAAGCACGGCGCCAACAACGAUCAUGCGUUGCGAAGAAAUGGUUGAAAAGUGAAGGAAAUACAAAAUAUAAAAUCAAUUA